UAAAAUCCUUCAGUCCAUAGAUGACUCUCGAGGUGUGCAGAAGUGAUUCAGUCUGCAGGUGUGUGCUGGGAGUGUGAUUUUUUUGUGAAUGAGAAGUUGAUGAUUUUUGUGGAUGAACUGUGAAUUGUCUGCCAUUAAUUGGCUCUUUUCUUCUGUUCCCUUCCAGGAUAUACGAUCUAUCACUUUGCCCACCAUUGCGCGCCGUUUCCGAGUGAAAGCAUCCGUUUGUGUCUCCAGCAGACAGGAUCCCCCCAGGGCCACACGUUCGUUCUAUCUGCCAACGGUUCUGCGUGUAUGCCAACGUGACGCGGCGGGGAUUAUAUUUCCAUAUCACUUUGGAAUAUUAUUGCCCCAGCCGAUGUUUGCACAAUCAGAGACAGCUUCUGCUUGAGUAAACAUAUUCGGAAGGCUUCUGCCAUCUCUGCCGCUCGAGCUGCCAUGUGAAAUCGUCUGUCGAGUGGAAGAAAUCAGAUUUCAUCAAAUCAGCACCGUUGGCGCGCCAAUAUUGGUGUAGGACCAAGAGUAGGGUGGUAACAAGGUUUCCGGCGAAUGUAGAAUCCAAGCGUUGGAGCAAGGCAAAAAUAAGUGUUGCUACAACUGGGACAAGUGCUCAAGUGGAAAAAAGGAUGCCUCGAACGACGGUGUCCAACUCUCCGACGCCGUUGACGGGGAAAGUAUGUAAAAUUGAAAUCGGAAAAUGUUUGCUUUUCGCCACACUGCUAACGAGUGUUUGCUUCCGAGCGAUUCUCAGUGACGAUGCAUCUUCCACGGAUCCGCAGCAUUCGGCCCCAACGAAUGAACCCGAAACCGAAAUCGGAUGUCCACCGCCAGAUUUCAAAAUUUCCCGCUCCAGAAAGAAUUAUGCAACGACCGAGGCUCCGUUUGUUACGUUCGAAACAACGCAGAUUUAUCUUCCACAGGACUUCACGACGGCAGAUUUCGAAUUUGUGGACACUAAAAAGUCCGCUUCGGUCGCUGAAGGUGCCCUGCUGAAUAGCCAAAAUGCUCAGCUGCAUGAUUCUCACGACACGCCGUUCUGGUGGGAAAUGGGAAUCCAAAAUGCCGAAGCACGUGAAUCCUUGGCGGCGGCCUCAUUUCCAUCGUACAAACAACGCGCUAAACGAGGAUUGCGAAGAAGUCAUCGAAUUCGGCGAUCAGCGUUCGAUACGAAUGGCCAGGACAAUAUGCUGCUGCAUCAGGAGCUGACACCGGUCGUCGUGAUCAACAAUGUCUUCAAUGAAAACGACAGCGAUCACAGCGUAUUCGAUAACGUGUUUCUGAGUGGAAAACAGUUGGAGCUGGACGAAGAAAAGGAUCACUACGUAGAUCAGAAUGAAAUAGGAGAAGUGCUCGAAACGGAGGUGGUCGAUGGACGUGGUGUAAAGACAAGGGUGAAGCGGAAGUCAGGAAAAACGACCGGAGCAUUGAGUAGAGCAAAGGGAAGUGGAAGCGACAGCGGUAGCAAAAGUAUCACCAGACACAAUAAGCAAGAUAUCUUGGACGAGGAGCAAGAGGACCACAAGGUGCGUGCCGAGGGUGGCACUUCAGAGGUCGCCAAACCUUACCAUCGAGACGAAACGAUGGCAAGGGAGAAGCGUAAAUCUGGUAAGGCAACGGGUGCUCUUAGUCGUCCGAAAGGUGGUAGCGAUAGCGGCAGUAAAAGUAUCAGUCGAAAUGCCAACAAAGGCCAAUACGACGAAGACGGAAGCUACGUUCCGCCAUUACCGGAUUCUCACGAAGGUCCAGAUGAGGAGAAAGAGAGCGAAGAGAUCGAAGAAAGCCCAGAGCUUCAUCAAUUCCGGGAGGUCAGCGAAGUUCGUUUUCCAGGGGAAGUAGGUCCUUUGGGAGGUCAUCGACUGUGUAAGAUUCAAUGCGUUAAAGGUCACUGGGUAGGACCUCUCUGUGCCAUGAAUGAACACGAACAGGACGAGAAUGGACAGUUGAAAUUUGAACCACUGUACAAGCGAUGCGUCGUCGAUCACAUUCCACCACAUUUGCUUUUGAGCUACAAGAAUGUUUCUGUGACUAUCGGCUGGGAUCUACCACACGGUCACACUCUACAAGCAAGGUGUAGGGAUCUGGGUCUGUAUAAGCUUCUGGGAGAGACCAAAGUUCUUUGCUCUAAUGGUAUGUGGGCACCGAAGAUGCCGUCGUGUGUACCAACUACUCUACUCACCAAUUACUCUGACGACAGUCCACCAUCAAUUCGUAUUAAGGUAGGAGUCGGAUCAGCUGCCUAUGAACCAUCGGGAGUGCUUGCUGUUCUUCCCACCAGUACAAUUCAUUUGGAUUGUAUGUACCCUCGACGUCGAGGCUCACCGGAGUGGACUUGGACAGGCUGGUUCCGUCAAUACUUAACUGGUUGGUCCGCCGUACCGGAGGAGAAAGCGUCACGCUAUCGGCUCACCAUCAAGGACAUCCAGAGCCAGGACUCCGGAACGUAUACCUGUGCUUCGCCACGGGGCCUCACAAACAGUAUCGUGAUCGUUGUGGCCAUAUCGCAAUGUUCGACUCUGUUGGAACCGAAGCCACCUUUAUCAUUACGUUUGGAAGGCAUAAAACUUGGGCAACGCGCACUGUACAGAUGUCCUCUCGGGUAUAGUCUGCAAGGGACGGCAAACGCUACGUGUCUGGCAUCAGGAAACUGGUCAUCGCCGACUCCCAACUGCCAUCCGAUUCAGUGUCCACCGUUGUUCCUGGAAGAUCCGCAUCUGAGUUUGGUGGAGUUGAACACUUCCGCAUGGGGACGGGCGGUCUUCCGUUGUGCUUGGGGUUAUCGACUUAGUGGACCACCUGGGCUGGAGUGUGAACCGAAUGGUCAUUGGAGUGGCCCUAUUCCCAGAUGUCGUGCGAUCCAAUGUCCACAACCUCUGGUACCGAUCAACGGACGAAUAGAUGGUACUAGUGGGCUGAAUACGUUUGGUCAGCGCCGUUAUGCCGUCGGUGCUCUGGUAACGUUUAGUUGUACCGAAGGACAUCUGCUCGUUGGCGAAGCGUCGAUAGUUUGCACCGAAACUGGCUUUUGGUCUCACCCUCCGCCGUUCUGUAAGGCCCAGUGUCCCUAUCCAGGUGAUCCACCGAACGGUUUGAUAGCACCACUGAAAUUCCACUACGAUCCCGGAGAUUAUUUGACGGUUCAGUGUAGACCAGGUUUUGUCGAACAUGGUGCCAAUGGAGGCCCUCUAGCUCGUCCACGCUGUACACCGGAAGGAGACUGGUCCGGACCCGUUCCCCAAUGUCGAAGUUAUGAAGAGAUUUAACUAUACUAAGAUAGGAAUGAGGACCCUACGGGGUCUCUUACUGAUUUGUGAUAAAAGUGGAUACAGGAUGCUCUUGUUUGACGAGAGGCUAUAGAACGCACCGAUGGUUAUCGGAUGGAAUAAAGGUUUGAUGUUUUUUAUGAAAGUACAACUUGUAACGGUUUGACCCCCAGUAGAAAAGACAAAAUGUAGUAUUCGAAGCCAUCCAAACGACAUGUGGUACUGUACCUUAGUAGAUAACAUUAGUUUACCAAAGGAUUCGUAGCUAAUUUCCGGAAAGCAAUUCUUGUGACGAAUUUACUUUCAAUAGCACUAAAGAUGCUAAACAAGGACACAAUUUUGACAGUAGCAAUAUUGUAUAAAUAUUCACAUGCUAUCCUAGAAAUAUGUUUAUUUGAUCCCACCAAUGCAAACCUAUCUAACUGAACGCUUCUAUACUGUAUCCUGAAGUUUUCUCUCUCUAUACCAAUCAUAUCUUAAGAAUAAGCUCUCCUAUACGUUAACAAUUCACAUUGUUUAACAAAACCGUGUAACACUCAACUCUAUGUAAAACGCUUAGAUUGCAACGAUCCAACUCAUAUUCGCUGCUACUAUAACGCUGACAACUUAUAAAUCACAUCUCACUUGUAUACCAUAUACAAUCCACACAUUGUCACAUAUUGUUUAUAAAAGUGGUACACUAUUUUACCUAUUCCCCUUCAAAAACCUAAUGUUUAGGGAUCUAGGAAAUUAUUGUAAGAAUCUCAAUAUUUAACGUUGAAACUGUUUUACACUGUACUAACCAGAGAACGAUUGUUUGAAACAAUAUGCGAAGCCGAGAACAAAUGAUGUCACAAGAAUAGUUCUUAUACAAAAAUAACAUCAGCCGAUUGAAUCUUAUAUAAGGUCUCAAGAAUGCAUACGCUUCAGUUGAAUGAAAUGAAACCAUCAUAUACUAAAAUCAUUAAUUGAAAUGUAUCAAAAUGCAUAAAAUUUAAUUGUUACUGUGAAACUGAAUUAUUGUCACAUAAAAUAAAGCAAAUUGCUUGUACAGAUGCGCAAA